AAAUAAAUCAUUCUACAGGAAGCAUGAAGCCAGUCUUCUGUGGAAAUUUUGAGUAUGAUGCGCGUGAGGGUGAUCUCGAACGACUUUUCAGGAAAUAUGGCAAGGUUGAGAGGGUUGAUAUGAAAGCUGGGUUUGCUUUUGUGUACAUGGAAGAUGAAAGGGAUGCUGAAGAUGCCAUCCGAGCGCUUGACCGCAUUGAAUUUGGGCGCAAGGGACGCAGACUUCGUGUUGAAUGGACUAAGAGUGAACGUGGAGGUGAUAGAAGAUCUGGUGGUGGUUCAAGGAGAUCCUCAUCCAGCAUGAGACCUUCCAAGACUCUCUUUGUGAUUAACUUUGAUGCGGAUAAUACUAGGACCCGGGAUCUAGAGAGACACUUUGAGCCGUAUGGAAAGAUCGUAAACGUUAGGAUCCGGAGGAAUUUCGCAUUUAUCCAAUAUGAGGCACAAGAGGAUGCCACAAGAGCACUGGACGCUACAAAUAACAGUAAGCUGAUGGAUAAGGUGAUCUCGGUGGAGUAUGCGGUGAAGGAUGAUGAUGCUAGAGGGAAUGGACACAGUCCUGAAAGACGCCGUGAUAGGUCACCUGAAAGGAGAAGGCGGUCACCUAGUCCUUACAAAAGAGAAAGAGGAAGCCCUGAUUAUGGCCGAGGUGGUAGUCCUGUUGCUGCCUACAGAAAGGAAAAAACCAGUCCUGACUAUGGUCGAAGACGUAGCCCAAGUCCUUACAAGAAAUCAAGGCGUGGCAGUCCCGAGUACGGCCGCGACCGCGACCGCAGAGGUAAUGAUAGCCCUCGCAGGAGGGAGAGAGUCGCAAGCCCUACUAAGUACAGCCGCAGUCCCAACAACAAGAGAGAGAGGAUGAGCCCUAAUCACAGCCCGUUGAAGAAGGAAAGUCCGAGAAAUGGGGUUGGUGAAGUUGAUAGUCCCAUUGAAAGGAGGGAGAGAUCAAGGUCUAGCCCGGAGAAUGGCCAAGUUGAAAGCCCUGGCUCAAUAGGAAGAAGAGACAGCGAUGGUGGUUAUGAUGGUGCAGAGAGCCCAAUGCAGAAGAGCCGGUCUCGUUCGCCAGCAGCUGACGAGUGAUGAAAGUGGAUCCACAAACUUCAUCAGAGUAGGAUGUUGUAACUGUUUGUAGUCAACACUAUGUCGUUUGCUUAAAAGCUUUUUGAUAGAUUCGAACUCGGAUCACUUUUAUUGUCGGAUUGAAAAACUUGGUCUGUGUGUCAAGAUACUGCAUUUUCGGUUUUAAUCAUCUCAGUUUGAAGUUUGAACCCCAAUCAUGAAAUAGAAGACAUCGUUAUUA